AUGCAACAAAUGCCAGCGUUACCAUCCACAGUGGCUCCAGCGGAGGUGAGAUUACGCCGCAGUGUGCCAUGCCUGCCCGCGAUCAAGCCAGACAGGCUGAAGGCAGCAAAGACGCUGGUGGAGAAAGCAGUCAGGCUGAGGAAAGUGUUUUCGGUGCAGGGACCCUACCCUGUGAUCCGUGCUGCCUUAUGGGCCAGAGGGUGGGUAGAACGUCGUUUGCCCCAUCCUGCCCAGAGAGCACCUCAUAGCCACGGCGAUGAGGAGGAGGAUGGUGAGGAUGGUGAUGUCAGUGGUGAGAGAGUGGAUGAAGGCGAGAAAGAGGAGAACCUUGAUGACAAGUACGACCUCAUGUCUCGCCUGGUCCGAAAUGAAGUGACACAUUUCUACUGGACAACACGUCGGGAUGACAUCGACUGUCGCUCCUUACGUCAUGACCACAUGACCAAUCACUACGCAAAUGCUGGAACGUUUACUACCAAGGUGGGGCUCUGUGUGAAUCUGCGUAACCUUCAGUGGUUUGAUACAGCAGAUCCCGACACCUUCUUCCCAAGAUGCUACAGGCUCGGUGCAGAGGAUGAGAAGCAUGCAUUCAUCGAGGAUUUCAGGAGGACAGCGUGCACCAGCCUGCUGCAGCAUGUGGUUGAAAUGAGUAGAUGGAGGAGUGAAGGAGCAGAGGAGUUGGAUAAUGUGGAGCACCAGUUUGUCGGUCCAGGACUGAUCGACAUGGCUUUGCAUGUGUGUGAAGAGUUUCUAAGUGUUUUAGAGCACAGCGACAUUGAUGUAACUGUAGAAACACAUCCCACAGUGGAGGAACAGCAGUGGGCAGAGUUUCUGCAAGACUACUACCUGGUUGUGCAUGAAGGUGCAUCGAUCAGGGGCAGCAGUGUGUUUGUGGAGCGCUGCCAGGCCAUGUUAAUUAGACUGCAGGAGGUUUGCCCUCAGCUGGACACAGACGGCCUAAAUAACAUCUGGAUCAUCAAACCAGGAGCCAAGUCGAGAGGACGAGGUAUUAUGUGCAUGGAUCGCUUGGGUGAGAUAUUGGCUCUCGUGGACAGUGACAGAGCCCUGACAAAGGAGAGUAAGUGGGUGGUCCAGAAGUACCUGGAACGUCCACUGCUGGUUCAUGGCACCAAGUUUGACCUCCGUCAGUGGUUCCUUGUCACGGACUGGAACCCUCUGACUGUCUGGUUCUACAGAGAGUGCUACCUGCGCUUCUCCACCCAGCCCUACUCAACAAAAACUCUGGACAGCUCAGUCCACCUGUGCAACAACUCCAUCCAGAAGCACUUCCAGCGGUCCUGUGACCGCCAUCCAGGAGUGCCUGAGGACAAUAUGUGGUCCUGCUCUCAGUUUAGGGCUUUUCUGCAGCGGCAGGGCCGCGGGGCAGAGUGGGGGUCAGUGGUGGUCCCAGGCAUGCAGGAAGCAGUGGUCCGUGCCCUGCAGACAGCCCAGGACCUGGUGGAGCAACGCAAGGCAAGCUUUGAGCUCUAUGGAGCCGACUUUAUGUUGGGCAGAGAUCUGAGGCCUUGGCUCCUGGAGAUCAAUGCCAGUCCGACUAUGGCCUGUUCCACCGCUGUGACUGCUCGCCUCUGCCCUGCUGUGCAGCUGGACACACUGAGGGUUGUGCUCGACCAUCGGGCUGAUCCCAGUGCUUACACAGGAGGCUUCCAGCUAAUCUAUAAACAGGCUGCAGUUGAAGUUCCUCAGUAUGUGGGAGUGAACCUGCUGGUGGAAGGAGCCCCCAUAAGGCGAUCCAGGCCUCUACUUCGUAGACACACUGUUAUUCCUAACCCACCUCUCACCAUCCAGUUCCCCUCAGAAGAGCCAUCGUCAGAAGAGGUUGAAAGUGCACAUCACAAACCACCAGGUCAAAGGUCCUCUGCAGUCUCUGCUUUUCGUCAUUCAGGCAAGGAGAACCGAGCUGUUGGGGAGAAAAGGAGGCAACUGACAUCAACAUCUUCUAAGAGGGAAUGCGAGAGGAAAGCUGAAACUCAGAAUAUGUCCCGUGUUCACAGGUCCUGUCGCAGUUUGGUAUCUGAACAGUCUUUGGCGGUACAACCUGAACCUCAGAGGAAAGCGCGAUGUUUGGGUUUGAGCCUCGGUGCCAAUGGAGUAACUCUGGUCCCACGGAGCCUUUCCUUUUCCCUCAGCCCCUCUCACAGCAUGUCACAUUGUAAAUCUCAGCCCAUCUCAGGCCAUGGGGCGCACAUCUCCACAUCAUUCCCUCCCAGGACAGCUUUUGAGCCUAAACACAGGACUUCUACCUGGGUCUUUCCUUCACUCCGGGGUCCCCUUCCUUCCCUGGAGGUCUUAAGCUUGCGACCAAAGAUUGUGGCUGGAACCACGUCCUGUCGCAAUCCAAACAUGUCCUUUCACCCCAGUGUCCACAGGCCUCAGUUAUUCCUCUGCCCUCAAAGGCAAGGCAUAGCCAAAUAUAAAGGAGAGUGCCCGGGCAGUGUUAAGAAGAUAGAAAGCAAAUAG